UUCGAUCGGUCGAAGCGCUCCUUCCCUCUACCCUCGUUAAGUCGCCACUCGACGGUGCGAAGUAAAUCGGAAAUAUUUAUCGUUUUCUCCAAGAGAACCAGGGAACUAAAAUUCCUGAACUAAAAGCAAACGCCGCGGGGUAAUAUGUGAAAUUUGUCUCCGCUCGCCGAGAGCAAGGAGCCAGAAAAGGGGACUUUUCAAAAUGGACGUCCCGGAUUCGCUGGUCUGGGCUGCUUUGACGAUUAUCCUGGCAAGUGCCAGCUUUGCCGAGGACGUGUCACUGAACGUCAACCUGAAGAAGCCCGUGGCCAUCGCCAGUGACAAAUUCCUCAGCUUGACCAUCGAUCCAUCCGUUCUACUAACGGACGAUGUGCUCUCGUCGAGGGCCGAGAAGACAGCCAAUAUGGCGAGAGCACUGUCUCCCGCGUUCAUCAGACUGGGAGGACCGGCGAGCAAUUCGUACACCUUCGAGCGGUCCCACUUCUCCCGAGAGGAGCGCGACCCGAAUUUCACAUUUUCCGAAGCGCACUGGAUUCUGGUGCAGCAGUGGGCGGAGACGGCGGGCCUGGAAGUGAUAGCAUGCAUCGCACCUCACCGGUCUGAUAAUAAUGGCGCUCGAACACCAUCCUGGGACUCCAGGAACGCCCUGGAUCUGAUUUCCUUCAGCGAUCGAAAUGGCUACAACAUGAGCUGGCAGUUAGGCUACGAAUGCCAAACCAGGUGCGACGUGUCCGGGACAGACCUCGGAAAGGACGUGGGGCGUUUGAGGAGCAUGUUGGAUGCAUUUCCGAGGUACGCGAAAAGUUUCGUGGCUGGUCCUGAUGUCGUUACCUUCAGGAGCAAGCAGCAGCAACAGUAUCUGCAUGAUUACCUCAAUGCAGCGGGGAGUGCACUCACUGCGCUGACUUGGCAUCCAGAUUUUGCCGGCAUAAGUUUGGACGCUGAGGGGGUCUCAUUGCACCACGAUCAGCUGGGCCUCGAGAAGGACGGACUGUACAGAGUUCUGGGCAGGUCGAUUUCGAAGAAGCCUCUUUGGAUCGCCGAGUCCAAGCCCGAGGAGUGCAAGAAACAAUUUCUGGGAGCUCUCGUUUGGACGAGGAGACUCGGAAAUGCAGCGAAACUCGGAGUGCAGGUCAUCAUGAGGCAGCCCGACAAAUCCAAUCUCUUCCAACCGUCGCCGGAUUAUUGGGUAUCUGUGCUGCACAAAAUGCUCGUGGGCAGAGAGGUACUCGACGCGAAGAUGACGAUCGGUAACCGGACGCACGUGCACUUUUACUGUCAGUGCACGAGGCCCUCUUCGAGAUACGAGAAGGGCUCGUUGACGGUUUUCGGGAUCAACCUGACCCCGGGCAAGGUUGUGGCGAACCUAAAGGGCCUGAAGAUCAAGACCCUACACAAGUAUAUCCUGCUUCCUGGCUUUGACGCGCCGAAUCGGAUGUUCGCCGAGACCGUCCUACUCAACAACGAGCCGCUGCAGCUGAUUAACGAGACCUUCGUCCCUGAUAUUAACCCGGCGAUUUCCAUUAGUGGGAAAGGUGCCAAUUUGAAGUUACCGUCAGGUGCGAUCGGCUUCUGGGUGAUUCCUGGUCUGAAGAUAAAGUCCUGCAUGGGUCACGACGACGAGACGGCCGAAAAGAUGUUGCUGAAGAAGUUAACUAAGAGGCUGGAAGACCUGGACGCGGAAGAGGAGAUGUUCCGGGAGGACGAGGAGGACCUGGACCUGGACAUCUCGUCGAUGGAGGACAGAAGAUCGCUGAAGCAGCAACAGAAGAAAAAAAGGAAGAUCAAGUACAGACAUAGCGAGGAGGACGAGGACGAGCGGAGGUUCCGGAAAAUCGAAUCCAGGAAGGACCUGGAAAAGGUGGAUCGGAUCUUGAAGAGGAGGGAGAAUCUGGAGGAAAGAAAACCCCACGUUCUGCGAGGAAGAGGUCACUUCGUCCUGGACGAGAACGCCGAGAAAAUGGAGGAAAUGUCGGAGGAAGAAGUAGCCGAACAACCAAAAUUUACGAAACUUGACUCAGGAGAAGAAAUCAGGGCCAAACUCGAAGAGUACAAAAAUCGACUAAUAGAGUACGAGAAUAAAAAAAGAAUGACCGAGGAUCAAGAAGAGAAUCUCCCCGAAAAAAUAAACGCGAAUUUUAAGGAAGACGAGAGAAGAGACCCGGAGAUCAGCUCGGAAAUAAAAAUGAAGGAGGUGCAGUCGAGUCCUGUCGAGGACCACGCGAGCUUUUUGAGUUCAGGACAAUCGAACAACGCAGCUGACGUAAAAACUACGAAUCAAUCGCCGACCGAAGAUCGAUCAUCGGAAUCGAUCGAGUCGGACAAGUCAAAAAGGACCUCCACGUCCGCAACAUUCGAGGACCAGCUGAGGACUCUUUCGAAGGCCCUUGUCGGCGAGAAGGUGAGGCGUAGAAGAGACGCCAUCGUCCGACCCAAAAGAGAUCUCGACAAAACGUUCGGCGACGAUCCCCUGGGUCUGCGUCGAGACAGUAUUUUCAGGAAGAGGUCAAAAAACGAGGACAUCAAGGAGCGCAGGUGGGAGCGAAGGAAUCGAAGAAAGGAAAAGGAAGAGACCCUGAAGAAGGAGGUCCAGCCGGUGCUCUUCGACCCCCGCAACGCGGACAGCAACGAGAACAACUUCUACGGGUUUGCGAAGAGAGACCCCUUGAAGGGAUUUCCCGAGGGCGACGUGUACUUCGGCACGGGAACCUCAUCCGAGGAGAAGGUGAAGGACUACGACUACGUGAAGGACGACGAAGAGGUGGAGACGGAGGAGCAGAAGCUGAGGAGGCGGAAAUCGACGAGCAUCCGGAAGUCGCCGGAGCCGGACGACACCUGGAUCGAAGAAGACACCCAGGGCAUGUCCAGUUACACGCCCUACGAAUUCUUCGAGAACGUGAACAUGCCGAUAGCCAGGAUAAAGGAAAACCUGCGAGGCUACGGAGAGCUCUUCGAGGCCGACUCCUGGCAGGACACGGGAAUGGACGCCGAAGAGGCCCUUCGAGACGACGACGCCGUUGCCGACGAGAUCGUCGAAGAGGCGCAUUUCGACGAACACGAGGACAAGAUGGCAAAGGAGAGCGCGGUGAAGACUCUGAUAAAUUAUUACGACAAGGCGGAGAUCCUAAAGGACGAGCCGGACUACGACGUGGAAGAAACGCCCGUAAGAACCAAGAUCUCUUCAAGGUCCGGGAACAGAGAUAGACAAGUUCCGGGCGCGAAAACCAGGAAAAGGGUGAAGAACUUCCACUCCCAGGAGGCCGAAGAGUACGCGGACUUUGACGCGAUGCACUUCGCCAAUGCCGAUGCAUUUUCUGAAGACCGCUUCAGGCAGUUAGACGGUUUCGGGUUGGAGAACAGGCAGAAGAAUGGAAGAAGGGCCAGGAGGGACUUAAACGCGAUUCUCGACGAGGAGAUGUUCCAUCAGGACGAAGAUGACUUGAACCACCGAUUUAUUCGGGAUGUUAACUUGCAGAAUGCAUUCCUGGACGGGGAGGUGCUUCUUCGGGCUCAAGAGACCUUGGAGAAAAAUCAGGGAAACGAGAGAGUCAUCAGAGACAUGUAUCCAUAUAAAUACAAGGAUAGUAAAAAACGAAGAAAGCAAAGAGGUCCGCGGAGCGCGGUCGAUAGCUUCGAAGUUGCCUCUGACUUGGAGGACCCCGAAGAGGUCGACGAGAGGUACAAAAGAAUUUCGGAAUCCUCCGAAGAUCUCAAGAAAAGCGAGGAUUGGGAUUCCAAGGAACCGUUUAAUUAUUAUCAGGACGAAGAGGCGUUUUAUCAGCCCCGAGUGGACUUGGAAAAUUCCGAAGACCCUGAAGAACGGGUCUACUACAAGGACGGGGUGUCGAGCAUCCAGGUCGUGCAGAAGAUCCAGCCAGGAAGAGCGCCACUGGACGCGUCCCAGGAAAAUUACGAAGAGGCACCACAUCAGCGAUACUGGGAGCAGGGAAUCCAAGAACCACCUCUACAAAUGGCUCCAUUGAUACCCGAAGAAGGACUUUUGUUGAUCGAAGAUUCCCCGUCAUGGGAGGAAGAAGAUGAAGAGGAAGUGGAAGCGGAAAAUGACUUACCGAGAGUUCAGAUCGUUCGUCGGGUCCCUUCGAUUCCGAUAGAACCGAUCGAAAUCAGUGAAGAAAUCGAACGGAAAGUCCAGGUCCCUCGUCAGAUCGCUCCAGUACUUGAAGAGGAGAAAGUGAAAAGCGCCGAAGAAAUUGCGACGGAUCUUCAAAUUCGAUCACCAGCAAAUAAAAGAAAAGAGCCUUUCGUGAGUAAUGUCAAGGUGCAAUCUCCCCCGAAAAAGAGGUCCAGACUGGCGCAGUCCUUUCGCAGAGCUCAGGAGCACCUUGAAGAAAUGGAAGCGGAUCUGCAGAGAGAGGCAAAAACGGCUGAAGAAGCUUCAGCGUUGGAGAUGGAUAGGGUGUCUGAAGCACCUCGAGUCUUGAAGGAGAUCUCAGGGUCUAUAGACCCUGUCGAAGACGGAGGCAACGUCGACCCUAACGAAGAAACGCCGUUGGUGAACCGGGUCGAUAGGUCAUCCAAAGCGAAGGCCACUGUUGAAAAAGAUAAAUCCGAAGAGACUUCUUCGGAUUAUUUGGUGAACCAGUCGGAGCCUCUAGAGGACACAAAAAAUCUGAAGCACGUCGAAACCGAGACGAACUGGAAUGGAGAAGACGAAGAGUCAUCUAAUCCACCUUCUUCCGUGUUGAGGAAAAGGAACCCUGAAGAAUCUGACUUGCCAGGGUCGUUAUUCGAUGCUUUCGGCAAUGUCGAGCAGUCCAAUUUCAGAUGCUCGAAAGGGAACCCAAGGACCGGAAGAAAAACUGCCGACAGUUCGAGUAUCUCUUCGGGAACUUUUUCAAGAACUGAAAAUUCCUUCAUGGGCAAAGUGGACCAGGAUUCCCCGAGGAUGUCCACUGGUCUUUCACGAAGAAGAGCGCAAAGUCCUUCCUCCGGUUCGGAGAGUGAAGAACCUCAAACUCGGAAAAGUGGAAGAAGAGAACCGAAAAUCAUUCGCGGUGGAAAUAGAACGAAAAUUCCGAAAGUGACCACGGAAAUGCCAAGUAGCGAUGUCGAAAACGAGGAUACUUCGAAAGUCGAUGAAAGCAUUCGCACCGAAAGGAAAAGCGAAGAGGGGCAGAAUCCUCGGAAAAUGGAGGAAAUUUUGGACCCCUCGAAAAACGAAAGCGAAAAAAAUGCUCCGACGAGGAAGACCGGUUAUGAAAAAAUAACCACUGAUUAUGAAUCGACUACCGGAACCGAAAUUGUAGAAGACGAUUCAGGAAAAACAGAAAGCGAAAAUGUCCGCGAGGAGAGAAAAGCCGAAGACGAGGGGAAACUACCCGGCAACGUACGAGAAGAACCGGAAAAAGAAGACGACGAAGGGAAAAUUACUCUUUCGAGCGAAGCUAUUCUGGAAGAGUCGAUAAAUAUUCCCGCCGAUCUGCCGAGCGAGUCGGGAGCCGCGAAGCUGAUAAGAGAGGCCCUGAAGAGGAUUAAGAUAAGACCGGAUACCCCGAAAAUGAAGAGGAAGACCACUGGGAAGGCUGAAGAGAUGUCGAAAGCUCGCGAAGCUAGAAUGACUGCGAGAAACGAGGCUCUUCAGGCCCUGAAGAGAGAAAGCGAGAGAAAGGUGGCGGAGAACAUCAACAUCCUGGAGAACAUGGUGAAGUUGAGAUCGGUGGAUCAGAAGAAGAAAUUGGAGCAGCUGGAAAAAUUGAAAGACAGACUGAGACUGAAGCGAGGAAAAGGUGCCCAGCAAUACAAGGACGAAUUUCUGGAAGCUAUGCACGAUCUAAAAAUAAGUGAUCAUAGAACGCUGAAGAAGAGGGACGUUUGGCAAGGUGGAAAAAUCGACUAUCCAGAAAAUAGUCGGCCGAUCGCGAUGGACCAGGAAAAAUUCGACUACAUUCUUGCAAACAGACCUAUCGACUACCCUGUACCUGCAGAUUACUCGAAGCCAAUUCAUCUAGAGACUCCGAAGUACGUCCCCGAAGUGGAGACCGUGAGGCCACUCCACGACGUCAGGGAACGGAAAGUCGAGCCUCUUCCAAUACACUCCAGAUCGGUCAAGGAUCCAAAAUUGUUGGAAUUUUCUGAGAUGUCUAAUCCGAGCCUGAUGCACGUCUUGAAACGCCGACUGACCGAGGAACUUGAAGAGAAAACCGAGAAAAAUAGUUCCUCCGAGGUGACGACCUCGAAUGCCCAAGAAAUGGGCAGUUUUGAAAGUUCACGGGUAUUUUAUUCGGGCUAUCCAAAUUUGGAUUACAAUGGGUAUACUCAGAAUUAUUUAGGCAAUCCUGAAGGAAUUUUCUCGCCAUACGGAUUCUAUGGAUAUACUCCGAUAUUGGACGUGAGCUCGUAUGAUAACAGAUUUUUGGGAGAUCAGCUCCAGGAUUUGGAUUCGAAUAGGGAAGAACACGAAACUGUGAAUCGCUUGGAUAGAACUGCUUAUGGAUCUCCCGUAGAAGAGUAUUCUAACGUGCCCAGUAUAGACGGAAAUUAUGGACAGGGUUUUAUGCACCAAAUUUUGGAGAUCGACCCUUCCACCUACACCGGUGGAGAGCCGAUAUUGAAUAUCCGGGAGAUUUACUUCGCACCUGGUAUCAAUAGAUUUCUGCCAUUUUGGAGUGGACCUUACUACAAUCCAGAGAAUUAUUUAACGAGGGUGCAAGAAAAUCCGGAAUCGACGAGCGAGAGUGAUGCAAAAGAAAAGGUCUCGUCAGGGCUCUCUCCCGGAAUCUCUUCAGGGUCCACCGAUCCCCCCGAAGAGGCAAAAGAAGAGUUCACCUCUCCAGAGCGCAUAACGAUAAACAUGAAGAAUGACGUCCCCGCGAAUGGAAAGAUAGAAACGAAAGACCCCGAAAACGUGGAAAGGGGUAAAAAGGAGGUACAAGCCGAAGCGAAGGUUGAACCCACGACGGAAAAUCUGGGAACGCUGAAGUCCCUAAAAAAUGAAGAAACUAUCCAAGCUAAAAAUGACGCGACUCAACAAGGAGAAUUGAGAAACGCAAGGGCAUCGGGGGCUUUCAUGAUUUUGGAAAACAGGAGAAAAAUCGAGGAGGAGGUUCGAAAGGGAAUCGAAGCCGAAGAGAGAGUUCGCAGCUUGGCGGUAGCGGAGCCAGAUUUUCCUGAUAAUUUCGACGCCACCGCUGAAAGGAAAAUUCGAUCGCGAAGAAAGCUCUCCAUUCGCGGAAGAAGAUCCGUUGUCGAAGAGCAGUCCGAAGAAGCCUCGAUUGCAUCUCCGACGACCGAAUCAUCGGUAGAAAAGAAAUCCGUGAAAAAUGUCACCUGUAAUUACAUGUGCCUGAAGGAAAAUUCAAAUGAAGCUUCGGGAGAAGACAAGCUUUUCAAGGUGAUCAAAGAAGAAGACCAUUACAAAGCGCUGCCCAUUGAUGAGAUUGCGGUGAACGAAGAAUACACGAAGAACAUGCAAAAAAUAAAUAGCGAAGCUAAUAGAAAGUACAAGAGUCCAAGGUACGAAAGACUGGCACCGAGACAUGCCGAAGACGUGGAUAAGGGAGCGGGUAAAGGGAAAGAGAGUCCAAUUCUCCUUGAAGAGAACCCUGAAGAGGUUUCUCCCGAAGGGACGGAUUCUUCGAUAGCUCGCGAAGAGUCCACAGACUUUCCUGACAAGGCGGACGACCGAGUUAGUAAGAAGAAUAUCGAACUUAAAUACGAUAGACUGGCUAAAAAGAGUGCCGAGGAAUCGAGGAGCAAGAAAGAGACAAAGAACCGUCCCCCAAAUUCGUAUCAAAGCGCGAACGCCGGACAGAGAAUAAGAGAACCGUUUUCGGAAGAGGACUCGGGGUCGGUGGAACUUCACCCAUUAUUUUCAAAAUUGAGGGCCGUCGAGAACGAGAUGGACUAUGGCGAAUCUUCUCGAGGAUUUUCGAGGAAGAGCGCUUCACCUUCGAGGAGACAACCCGAAAAAUACCCGAAGAGACAAGCUUUCCUCCUGGACCUCCCCGACGUUUAUCCCCAGACCCUGAAUUCGCGUUUUCGCAACGACGAGAGGAGAUACAGAGACUACAGAGACGUCUACGUAGACUUGGACAGCCUCGAAGCGAGUAAUUACGAAUUGCUAAUGUUGGUUCCAGUGAAGAGUCAGAAGCUGAAGAGACAACGGAGGAGCAUCGACGACCCCGCGAUUAAGACUCUGGACAGUGAACCGAAUGAAUUGCGCAAAAAAAUUGAAAAUCCUUAUCGGACCUUCGAUUUUCAACCCUACGUAAAGGACACGGAAAGCGUUAAAUCUAUAGAAGAUUAUAUAAAAAGGACUAACGAUAUUCUGAGGUCUGCAGUGACAGCGAACAUCGCAAAUCCCAGCAACAAUGACAAACUUUCAAAAACUCUGAAUAAAAUACUAAACCCCAAAUCGGACCUUAAGGAGCUUAACAAAAUAUCGCUGAAUUUUAGCAAUGACCUGAGGAACCAACUCGAAUCCGAAGAAAGAACCUGGAUCGACUCGAAAAACGCUAUUUUGAAGUCGGAAAUUCCCGAUGGGAAAAUUGGUGGGAGUAAACCCAAGUCUUAUCUGGAAGACACGAUUGGAAAGGUGGAAGACGCGAUAACGGGCGGACUGAAGAAGGCGGAAAAUCUAUCGGAAUCCGUGGAACAAUUGGUCAAUGAUUUCGACAAAUUAAACGAAGAACUCGAAUGGAAGAGAGCGGUAGGACGUACGUUAACGAGUGAUUCGAAACUGUCUACUCGAACGGUAUUUAGUGACAUACUGGAUAACGUUAAAAGAUUCUUCACUCUUCUAUCAGGAAUUGUUCGCGUUUUCAAUGCUUAAUGUUUGCGAAUUCUUUGACAUUACUAGUUUAAACCCUGACAUGAAAAAAAAAAACGUCUUCUGCAAAUAUACGUCCACAUUUUCAGAUGACGAAACAAUAAUUAUCGCAAUCAUCUGCUGUGCUUAAUUUAAUAUUCUAAGCUUAAUAAGUUAACGAUUUUAAGAAUCUACCCUUAUUUAUUACGCUAGUUAAUUUUUAUAGUAUCUAUGUAGCUUUUUGUAUCGUCUACAAGUGUCCAUAAACUUUCGAGAAAGAAAA